CAAUGUGCAAGCCACUAUGAAGAUCAUCCUUGCCCUGUACUUCUGCACCCAAGGAAUCUGGAAAGUUUUUUCAGAAGAUCAUUGUGUUUACCAACUAGAGACGAUAAGAGUGUCUGAAGGUGGAUCUGUCACCAUCCCCUGUACAUAUAGUUCCAGCAAGUAUGAAUAUGAAUCUGUAAAGUAUAGUUUCAGUUGGGGAGAAUCAUCAAAUACAGAUUGCAGCAAUCACAAAACAAUCUACAUAGCCAAUGAGACAUUCACACACAAGAAAUAUCAAGGAAGGCUCUUCAGGAACUCUGAUGGAAACUCAGAGUCACUCACAAUCCAUGGACUUAGGAGAACAGAUGGUCCUGUGAUCUGCUGUCUCAUUAUUCAAACAAGAGUGAGGCAUGCACCUUAUACUUGGAGAAAUUUGUAUGGGACGUCUUUAUUAUUUACAGAUGAGCUGUGGGUGGAUCAGUUACAUGCUAUUCCAGCAAUUCUAGGAGAAAACAUUACCAUUCCUUGUUAUAUUCGUUACACACCUUGGACUAGAAUGCAUGUUCAUCAAGUGAUCUGGAGAAAGGCAGCAAACUGUUUUGCUUUAAAUCACACAGACAUUGACACAAGGAAUAUAUUAGAAUCAACAAAUCAACAAUUUCCUUUGGUGAACUAUGCUAGUGAUCUCUCUCUGCGUAUACAUAACAUCCAGAAAGAAGAUGAGGAUUUUUACUGCUGCAUAGCAAGAACAAGACAAGGAACAGUCAGCAUGAAACAAGGCACUGAGUUGGUGAUUAAAGACAAUGUAUCCACUCCUGGAUUGAAAGUCACUCAGCCAGAAUAUUCCAUGAUACAUAAAGGAGGCUCAGCCACCAUCAACUGUUCAUUCAACAUCCCCCAGGAUAGGCAUCUCCUGUAUUUCAGGGUUUAUUGGAGAGUGGACAGCCUCCAAGGGAUGUAUGCCAUUCAUCCAUCUGAAGAUAUGAUUGACCCCAGAUACAGGGGAAGGACAACACUGAAUGGGAAGGUGGAUCUCCAUAUUUCAAAUGUACAGAGUGAGGACAGCACCCUGUAUUACUGUAUUGUGAUGCUCACAUUGUGUGCAAAGCCUUAUAUAUACAAAUCCGUGAUUGAGCAUGGACAAGGAACCAGGCUGACAGUGUCAGAUUUGUCUUACAACCUUUCCGAGUCUCAACCAGAAAUGAAUUCAGUACAGACUCUUCAUAUCAUCCUGACAAUUCGAUUUAUUGUGUUUGGCAUCAUUAUUGUGUGUGGGAUUGUAGGAUAUAGACAUGUCAGAAAGCUAAUUACAAGUUGAUGAACAUGGAUGAUAUGAAACCA